AUGGACGCGAACCUGCCCAGCCCGUUCCUGCUCAACGGCUCCUUCCCCGAGGCCAAGGCGCCCGUUUGCCAGUACUCGGUGCAGAGCUCCUUCUACAAGCUGAGCACCCCAGGGAUGGGCGCCCCGCUGCCCGCCGGCACCCCGCACGGCAUCUCCGACAUCCUCGGCCGCCCCGCGCCGGGCAGCGCCCUGCUCCCCGCCUACCCGCACGCCGCGGGCUUCGAUGCCCUGGGCUCCGCGGGCGUCUAUUACGGGCCGCAGGCGGGCACGCUGCCCAAGGCCGGUGGCGAGUACCUGCCCCGGGGCCGGAGCUGCUGGGCAGAGGCAGCCGCGGAGUGGCGGGGCGGCCGGCAGUGCGGCGCGCCCCCUGCUCACCUGGCUGACAGCAUCCACAAGAAGAAGCACACGCGCCCAACCUUCACGGGACACCAGAUCUUCGCUCUGGAGAAGACGUUUGAGCAGACCAAGUACCUGGCGGGUCCGGAGAGAGCGCGGCUGGCUUAUUCCCUCGGCAUGACCGAGUCGCAGGUGAAGGUCUGGUUCCAGAACCGACGGACCAAAUGGAGGAAGAAGAGCGCCCUGGAGCCUUCCUCAUCCUCCCAGCGGGCAGGGGGCUCCGGAGGAGAGCGUGCAGCCUCUGAGACUGAGGACGACGAGUACAACAAGCCUCUGGAUCCCGACUCCGAUGACGAGAAGAUCCGGCUGCUGCUGAGGAAGCACCGCGCAGCCUUCUCGGUGCUGGGCUUGGGCACGCACAGCGGCUGAGCGCCCGCUCCUCUGGGCCGUGGGGUGCCCGGCUGCGGGCGAGGACCCCUGCGCGGGUGCCCGGCUGUGGCGAUGGGGCAGCUGCCAUCCCUUUCCCGGUGGUUCCAGCCCAAGGAUCGUGGCUUGAAGGGCUGGGAGCAGCACACGUGGGCAGCGUCAGGUGCGGCCGUGCUGUCGGCAUUGAUGAAAUAAAGGUCCCAGCCCC